AUGACCACAGAUCCGACGAACAUCAUCGUCGUCGUUGGCGCCGGAGGAGAAGUCAUGUACAAGGCGCCAGGGGCGGAGGCUGCCGGUGGCGGGUGGCGGACGAGGCGACGGGCGAAGCCGGUGAAGAACCAGAGGAUGACUCAUAUUGCCGUCAAGAGGAACCGCCAGAGGCAGAUGAAUGAUUACCUGGCUGUGCUUCGAAUAAGGGCGAGAAUCAGGAGAAGCCAUCUCUACACGUUUGCAUGCUAUCGCCCGUCUCCGACAGAAGAGGACAGGCCUCACGACUUUAAUGGGCCCGGCUACUCACGAAUGGUUUACUGUAACCAGCCUCACAUGCAUGUGCAAAAGCCGCUUAAAUACUGCACGAACUACAUUUCCACCACAAAGUACAACGUAGUUUCUUUUCUACCAAAAGCCAUUUUCGAACAAUUCAGACGUGUAGCCAACUUGUACUUUCUUCUGGCAGCUGUUUUAUCUCUAACUCCUAUAUCGCCAUUCUCUGCUGUAAGUAUGAUUGCUCCUUUGGCUUUCGUGGUCGGAUUGAGUAUGGCUAAAGAAGCUCUUGAAGACUGGCGUAGGUUUAUACAGGACAUGAAAGUCAAUUUGCGAAAAUGUAAUGUACAUAAAAGAGACGGUAUUUUCGGCCUUAAACCCUGGAUGAAGCUGAGGGUUGGGGAUAUAGUGAAAGUUGAGAAGGAUAAGUUCUUCCCUGCCGAUUUACUUCUUCUCUCCUCGAGUUACGAGGAUGGUAUUUGUUACGUCGAGACGAUGAAUUUGGAUGGGGAGACUAAUUUGAAGGUCAAACGAUCUUUAGAGAUAACUCUACCAUUGGAUGAUGAUCAAGCUUUCAAGGAUUUUACAGCCUCCAUCAGAUGUGAAGAUCCUAAUCCCAACCUCUACACUUUUGUCGGCAAUUUCGAAUAUGAUCGACAGAUUUAUCCACUCGACCCGAGUCAAAUCCUCCUCCGCGACUCGAAGCUUAGAAACACUGCCUAUGUUUAUGGGGUGGUGAUAUUCACAGGCCAUGACAGCAAAGUCAUGCAGAACUCCACAAAAUCUCCUUCCAAAAGGAGCAGGAUCGAAAAACAAAUGGACAAGAUAAUAUACAUCCUUUUCAGUCUAUUGGUGUUCAUCUCAUUCAUAAGCUCGGUGGGUUUUAUUGCCAAGACAAAAAUCGAUUUGCCGAAUUGGUGGUAUUUACAGGUUCCAGAUGAAGAGAGUUUGUAUGAUCCGAGUAAACCCCUCACAUCCGGAUUUUAUCACUUAAUUACAGCUCUCAUACUUUACGGAUACUUAAUACCUAUAUCCCUUUACGUAUCGAUCGAGGUCGUAAAAGUCUUGCAAGCCUUGUUUAUAAACAAGGAUAUUCAUAUGUACGAUGAGGAGACUGGGACUCCUGCUCAGGCGCGCACCUCAAACUUAAAUGAGGAGUUAGGACAAGUGGAUACAAUCCUUUCCGAUAAAACCGGCACUUUGACUUGCAACCAGAUGGAUUUUCUCAAGUGCUCCAUUGCAGGGACUGCCUAUGGCAUGCGUGCUAGCGAUGUGGAACUUGCAGCUGCUAAACAAAUGGCCAUGGACAUUGAUGGUCAGAGCCAGGUCAGCACGCCCCAUGCGUGGAGGAAAAGUGGGUUUGGAGAAAAUGAAAUCGAGCUUGAGGCCGUCAUUUCCUCGGGAGGUGGGGAGGGGCGUAAAUCUAUAAAGGGGUUCAGUUUCGACGAUAGCAGGCUAAUGAAUGGGAACUGGUUUAGAGAACCCAAUCCGGACAUGAUUUUGUUGUUCUUCAGGAUAUUGGCUGUUUGUCACACAGCAAUUCCGGAGGAAAAUGAGGAGACUGGUGUUUUAACGUAUGAAGCUGAGUCUCCGGACGAAGGCGCGUUUCUUGUUGCCGCUAGAGAGUUUGGUUUUGAGUUCUGUAGAAGAACUCAGUCGAGUAUAUUUGUACGUGAGAGGUAUCCUUCGUAUCAGGAGCCUGUCGAGAGGGAGUUUAAAGUUCUGAAUUUGUUGGAUUUCACUAGCAAAAGGAAGAGGAUGUCGGUUAUUGUUCGGGACGAGACUGGUCAGAUCCUUCUUUUUUGCAAGGGAGCUGACAGUAUCAUAUUUGAUAGGCUAGCCAGGAACGGGAGAAUGUAUGAGGAGGCAACCACAAAGCACUUGAAUGAAUAUGGAGAGGCAGGGUUGAGGACUUUGGCACUUGCUUAUAAGAAGCUAGAUGAGGUGAAGUAUGCUGCUUGGAAUGAAGAAUUCAGUCGAGCAAGGACCUCGAUCAAUGGGGAUCGAGAAGCAAUGCUCGAACGGAUUUCAGAUGCGAUGGAAAGGGACUUGAUACUCGUUGGCGCCACUGCAGUGGAGGACAAAUUACAGAAUGGGCUCGUGAUAUCACCUGGAGGUACUAAAUAUUGGAUUCCCCAGUGCGAAGACUCAAUUCGACCUCACAAAGGACAGGUUUUUAGAACAUUAGGUGAGGCUGCUGAUUUCUACCGAGCAUAUGCAUCUGUCGUUGGUUUUGAUAUUAGACAAAGCACGUUAGUAAAAGCGAAGGAUAAUACCGUUCUUUGGAGAUAUUUGGUGUGCUCACGCGAAGGGUACAAACACCAUUCAAACACUGGCCAAAGAAUACCCAGCGAUAGUCGGGUAAUAAGACGUAGAGUAUCCAAUCGGGUUGGUUGUAAUGCCCGAAUUCAACUGCGUGUUUAUGGAGUUGAGGGCUACGUAGUUAAAUUUUUCGAGGAAAGGCACAACCACACCAUGACCCCUGAAGAAUGCAGAGCGCAUUUGAAGAUCAACAGGACAAUGACCGCGGCACAUCAAGGAUUUGUUCUCAAUUGCAUAAAAGCAAAUAUAGGUCCCACAAAGUCGUUCAAGCUGUACAAGGAAAUGGUUGGGGGAUAUGCGCAUAUUGGUGCCACUAAUGCAGACUUUAAGAACUUCAAGAGAGAACUCCUUGCACACAUUUUAGGAGUCGAUGCUCAGAUGGUGAUAGAUAAGUUUUAUAAACGGCAGGAUAAUAGUUCGGCAUUCUAUUUUCAGUACGAACUGGAUGAGAAAGAACGCUUACGGAGGAUCUUCUGGGCUGAUCCAAUAUCAAGGCGAAACUACUGCUCCUUCGGGGAUGUUGUGUCCUUUGAUGCCACGUAUAGCACCAACAG